AGAGAGUUCCCCGCCUUUCUCUUUUCCGUUUCAAAACGUUUUUGCUCUGUUCAACUUAGAACCCCCUCGCCGAGAGAGGGAAAAGGAGAGGGGAGAGGGUUGGGUUAGGGGUUUGGAGAUGGAGGUCUGUAAUAGUGGAGCCUCUGUAUCGGUACUCUGUUCGGUGUUCGUAGUGUCGACGGUGGUUCUUGUCAUGUUUCUCAAUGAAUAUUCCGAUUUGAGGAUGACGUUACCGGCGCCGGAGACCGAUAGGCCUCUGUCGCCGAUCAUUGAGUUGCAGUCGAAGGUGAUCAAAAGCUCCGCUCAGCUGAGAUCCUCUCUUUCCAUCGAGUCCGCUGCCCCUGUCGUUAAGCAACUGAGGAACCAAACUGUUCUUGCAAAAUCGAUGAAACUACGCGACGCUCGACCAGUCGAACAAGGCCUUGCUCGCGCUCGCGCUGCGAUUCGCAACGCCGCCUCAUCUCGAUCAACCGUCGAUCACAACUCCACCGACGUCGUCCCCUCCGGCGUCAUCUAUCGCAACGCCGGCACAUUUUACCGGAGCUACGUCGAAAUGGAAAGAAGAUUGAAGGUGUAUGUGUACGGAGAAGGGGAGGCACCGUUAGUGCACGGGGGGCCAUGCAAGAACAUAUACUCGUCGGAGGGGAGGUUCAUAGAGGAGAUGGAACGGGGAGAUGGCGGGAGGAGGUUUAGGACGAGGGACGCCGCGCGCGCCCACCUCUUCUUCAUGCCCUUCAGCGUCACCUGGAUGGUGAAGUACUUGUAUCAGCCCAACUCCUACGACGCCACUCCGCUGAGAGAGUUCGUCUCUGACUAUGUCAAGGUCAUCUCCACUAAGCACCCUUUCUGGAACUCAACUCAAGGUGCCGACCACUUCAUGCUUGCUUGCCAUGAUUGGGGUCCUCUUGCAUCAGAGGGCAACGCCCUGCUGUUCAAAACAUCCAUCAGGGUGCUGUGCAACGCCAACACCUCCGAAGGGUUCAACCCCCAGAAAGACGUGAGCCUCCCCGAGAUCUAUCUCUACGACGGCAACGUCUCCCCCAAGCUCCUCUCCCUGCCCCCUGCCCGCUCCCCCCGCCCCCUCCUGGCUUUCUUCGCCGGCGGCCUCCACGGCCCCAUCCGCCCCAUCCUCCUCCGCCACUGGAAGGGCCGCGACCCCGACAUCCCCGUCUUCGAGUACCUUCCCCCGGGCCUCGACUACUACUCCUUCAUGCUCCGAUCCAAGUUCUGCCUCUGUCCCAGCGGCCACGAGGUCGCCAGUCCCCGCUUGGUGGAGGCCAUAUACGCCGAGUGCGUUCCCGUGAUUCUGUCGGACCACUCCGUGCUGCCCUUCAGCGACGUGCUGCGCUGGGAAGAGUUCUUGGUUGGGGUUGAGAUUGCGGAGAUCCCCAGACUCAAGGAGGUGUUGACGGGGAUUCCGGAGGAGAAGUACCGGAGGUUGAAGGUGGGCGUGAGAGCCGUAAGGAGGCACUUCGAGCUUAACCAGCCGCCCAAGAGGUUUGAUAUGUUUCAUAUGAUUUUGCAUUCUGUAUGGCUCCGCCGAAUCAAUUUGAAACUUUAAAAAAAUAAUAUAAAAAAAAAGGGUAAGUUUAGUGAUGUAUAUGGUUCAUCGAUUUGUAUAAUGAAAGUAGAAUGAAUACGUAAAGGUAAAGAUUUUUGGUGAGCUAUAAGAAG